AUGGUCUCUCUCCAAACAGUAACAGCAUGCCCAUGGAAGCCUCCCCGCCAGCCUCUCGCCGCACAUGCCUCUUCUCCACGCAUUUACGCCGUCGCUCGCCCAUCCACGGUUGCUUCGCACGAGACCUUCCUGUCAUCGCUGCGCCAGUCACACCCGACAGGGACGUACAGGCUCAUCCAGGCCGAUGUCUCUAUUAUCUCCGAGACCGACACGAUCGUCGCCAGAAUAAAGAAGAAUGAGACCAAGGUUGACAUCCUCGUCAUGUCGGCCGGCUUCAUGCCCUUUGAGGGGCCGCAAGUGGAUGGAACCGGCUGUACUGCAAGUUCCCCCAUUUCUGCCACAGGAUGGUUCUGCUUAGCCAUGCCAACCAUGUCUCGCCCAGAAAACCUACAAACGGGCAGUCUUCGAAGAGCUAGGCCAUCCGUUGACAGUGGAGGAUGCGCCGCUGAAGCUACCUGGGACCGAAUAGCUGCUGAUUCAGGUCGAAGCUUGGUGGGAUGGGUUACUCGGACAUCUACUCCCAAUACAACGGGGCUCGGCGGCGGCUUUCCCGUUGUAUCAGGUCCAUGAGAUUAUUGCCAAGGCCGCUGUGGUCAGGAUGCUCAGGAAGAUGGAACAGGUAACGUCGUGC